ACACCGACCGAACUGGGAAUCAUACGCCGCUCGAAAUAUAACCAGCGCGUUGGAGACUGGAAUAUUUUGAGAUUGACUGAAUUCUGGUGCCUUUUUGGAGGAAGCAAAAAAGAAGGAAAGGAAACCCCCCCAAAGGAAAUGCCAAUCGCCACCACUGGUCAACCGACUACUCAAGAGCCCCGUGUUUGUUCCCAGCUCCCCGCUACCCCUGAGCCCAUUCCGAAGCGAUCAAAUGCAUGUGACGACACGGGGGGACAUUCUCAAGACCGCUCGCACGGGGGACAGGAGGUGGUCAGAGGCGUUCGGAACCACAGCCAGACCACAGCAAGGAUCCCGCUGGGUCUCGGAACCGCCUCUCCGUCGCAAUCCCCUCCUACGUCCUCCCAUUCCGCCAGUUCACUCCACCACCAGCCUCCUCCCAUGGCAACGGAACCACCGAGGACUAGAUCGCGUUCGCGGUCAGGAUUUUACCAAUGUGGUGUGAAUGGAGGAGCUAAUGGUAACAACAAUAGCAGUAGCAGCAACAUCAACAACAGUAGUGGUGUUCAUAACACGACUGGAGCAAUCGGAGUGAGCCACACACAGCAGCACAACUCCGGAUGUGUACCGUUCGGAGCACACGGUCACACGGAAAAUCUACGCCCCCCUGGAGGAAUCCUGUCUCCUAGUGCACACAGGCACUCAGGCCCUAGUGCCCACAGAAACAUAGGAGCAGGAGCCAUCGGGGGAUCUUACCACUGCCAUCCAGACCAUGCCUGUGCUGAAGGUGCCGACAAGGUGGAGGACAGUCCAAGUCCCAAGCGCCAGCGGCUCUCCCAACAGUCCGUGCUGGAAUUUGCGCCACCCCCUCCCCAAACUCCAUCUCCCCCCAUAAGGCCGUGGGAACUUGCACCAAACCGCAGGACGCACGCCUACACGCACACACACCACACACACUUCCCGCCAGAGCGCUGUCACACACCCGCACGCCACAGACGCAGCCCACCUGUCCGCCGGCAGCGCAGCCGCCGCGAACGCAUGCCACGCCACCACCCGCCUCAUCACGUCUCCCCUGGAGGAGGACAGGACGAGAACUACCGGCACCCAGCACAUGCCCCUCUUCCCCAUCAAAGCUACGCCUACAGCCAGCAUCCCCCUCCGCCUGGGCUGGAGGAGCCACGAGCCUUCCACCCCCCUACGCUCUCACCACGCCUGCUGCAUCCUCAGCAGCAGGGAGCGAUGGUCAUGGACCUGCAUGAACAGCUUCCUCAGGGCACAGUGCCUGUCUCAUACACGGUGUCUCCUAUGCCGCCUCAUGCCCUGCCUCCGCCUCUGUGUAGCGGGCAACAUAUUCCAGCCUGCUCCUCUCAACAGCAGGUGCCGGCCUGCUCCGUCGUCUUCAGCGGACAACACUACCCUGUCUGCAGCGUUCCCCCUCCGAUGCUGCAGGCCUGCUCGGUUCAGCAUUUACCCGUUCCGUACGCCUUUCCUUCCCUCUUGUCCAGUGAGCCGCCUUUCCUUCUGCACCCCCCUCACCUCUCCCAUCACCCCCCUCAUCACCUCCCUCCACCAGGACAGUUUGUUCCCUUUCAGACACAGCAGUCUCGCUCGCCUUUACAGAGGAUUGAGAAUGAGGUGGAGUUAUUGGGAGAGCACCUGUCGGUAGGCGGGGGCUUCAACUACCCCCCAUCAGGCCACCCCAGCCCUCUUCCCCCACAGACACCCCUCCAGUUUCUGUCCCACGACCCACUACCACAGGAGCUCUUUGGAGUGCCCUACCCGCCCUUCAUGCCUCGUCGAAUCACAGGUCGCCGCUACCGUUCCCAGCAGGCGGCAGCCCCUCCUCCUAUACACCCCAGCUUCCUGCCAUACUUCCUUUCCAUGUUCCCAGUUCAGCCCACUGUAGGCCCAGCUAUUAGUCUGGAGCUGGAUGUUGAUGAUGGAGAAGUGGAGAAUUACGAGGCCCUGUUGAAUUUAGCGGAGCGUCUCGGGGAGGCCAAGCCGCGAGGCUUGACAAAAGCAGACAUCGAACAGCUGCCGUCAUACAGAUUUAAUCCCACUAACCACCAGUCAGAGCAAACCCUGUGUGUGGUGUGUAUGUGUGACUUUGAGUCACGUCAGCUGUUAAGAGUUCUGCCCUGCAACCACGAAUUCCACGCCAAGUGUGUUGACAAAUGGCUCAAGGCUAAUAGAACCUGUCCUAUUUGCCGAGCUGAUGCCUCUGAAGUCCAGCGAGAUUCAGAGUGACCUGCCAUCUGAUCACUGAGAAACCCUGACCACCCUGCCCUUCCCAACCCCACCUCCCGCACACACACACACACCCCUCUCACUCGUUGAACUGUACACUCAGCUGUAUCCACUAACUUUAGAUUUAGUGUGUACAUACAGGUCAGUCAUCUCCUCAUUUUGUGCAUUCUCUCUCUCUCUCUCUCUCUCUCUCUCUCUCUCUCUCUCUCUCUCUCUCUCUCUCUCUCUCUCUCUCUCUCUCUCUCUCUCUCUCUCUCUCUCUCUCUCUCUCUCUCUCUCUCUCACAUAGACAUUUUUCUAUUUGUGUAUUAUACAUGCAUUAUAUGUGCACACAUACUUGUCUGGGUUUGUUUAAAUCACUAACUCCUCAGAGUGGAAGUCCAAAGAUAGUCCUCUUUAUUUUUUUUAAAAUUAUGUUCUUUUAUAGAAUAGUUUUUUUUUCUCUGGUGUCAAAUGUAUUAUUUUGAUUUAUCACCUUUUUCCCCUUUUCUUUAGUUGCGGUUGGUUGAUUGUGGUCUAUAGUGCUUCUAUUGGUGUGAGUGAUAAUGUGUGUGUGUGUGUGCGCGUUUGUUUUGUGUGAGUGUGUUUGUGCACUAACAUUCCUGGGCACUCAUCGAUGUGGCUGUAGGCUGCAUGUGCAUUUUUUUUAAAAUAUAUUAUAAUGUAUGUAUCUACCAAUAUAGAGGGAAAAGUAACCACAUACUUUCAUAUUAAAAAUUUAAAAAGUAAUGGUAUGUUUUUUUUUUUUUUUUUUUGCUUUUUUCCAACCUGAGAAAUCACAAAUUAUAUCUAUAUAUUAAGAUGGGCUUUAAAGGGUGGUGAAAGGUUUAGGGGCUAUGUGGUCUACCAGUCUUAGGGAGUUGGAAUACUGUGAUUGUGUGUGUGUGUGUACGCGUGUGUACGUGUGCACACGCGCGCAUGUGUGUGUGUGUGUGUGUGUGUGCGCGUGUUAUUUAUACAGCAUGUGUGGUACAGUACACUGGCUUAACCUGUUCACUUCGGUUUGCUCUGCUCUGGCUGGCUGAGGCAUGCACUGAUGUGAGUGUAGUUGGUUGGAAAUGCAGAGACUAGAGUUAAGCAGAAUUUGUUUGGUUGGUUUCAAGAAAGUGAUCCCCUAAAACUCACUCGGUCAACUCAGUCCUUGAAAGCACAUUCAUUUUCCUCUCUCCCUCGUGUAGAAUUUGAUGACUUAAUACUCAUCAUACAGAUGUUAGAGGCUGAGUAGUUUAAUUGAACACACACACACACACACACACACACACACACACACACACACACACACACACACACACACACACACACACACACACACACACACACACACACACACACACACACACACACACACACACACACCAGUCUCUUUGCUCUCUAAGAGUCACUGCCAGAUCACAAGCGGAAGUCCUCACUGUGUUAAUUGAUGACUAUGGGGCACCUUAGUGGAGGUAGUUGGUCAUGGGUGCCCAAGACAAGAUCAAACACUGUAGCAUUACGACUAUAAAGGGAAGUACACUCUCAUGCACAGACUGAUUCAGCAUUUACAGGUACACGUUAAAACAUUUGUUAGUAUUAUUCUGUUCCCCGUAUCCUGUUUUUCUUCUGCCUUCAGUAUUCCCCCACUGUAUGUUGCAGUAUCCAUCUCCAGCACUUCACUUUUCUGUCAUGAUGCCAGGCAGAGCCGUGUCGGCACAAUGCUAGACCGCAGCAUGUGUCCCAUUUACACCAGAUGUAUUGCACACCUUGUUUAGUACUGGUAAGUGUAUGCGCGUGCAAGGGAUGUACAUUCAUGUACAUAAGUGUGUGACCGUGAAGGUGUUCAUGUAGUUUUCUAUUCACAUGUAUGGUGAAUUCAGGUAAAUUGGGUCACUUUGGCUUAUUCGCUUAUAUGCAAGUGGCCCAAUUUACCUGAAUUCACCUACUUAUAAUGAAUCUUGCUGGCGGCAUGAUGUGAAGGUGUCUGGAGGUGGAACUGCCAACUAAGAGCCCUCAGUGUCUUAAAGAGAGUUGCCUUUAGCUGUUAUUCCGUUUCUCAGCAUCCGUGUUCAUGGGUCACCAUCACAGUUGACUUGUGUUCACAUGCUGCACUCUGCCAUUCCGUACGACACCAUGUUCUUGUGCUGUUCUCUCUGUUGUCAUUUUGCGCAUUAGAAAAUAAUUUCUGCCUGGUACACGAGCAGUUACCUCAUGUUCAAUAUUUAUCUAAACCUGCAUCAAUACUUUGCAGUCGUCUGUUAUUGCUUUUUUUAUUGUUUUCGGUGUGGUUUGUGUUUUCUUUUUCCAGAUAUAAAACACAGUUGUGUCAUUUACCAUUAUGUUUCAUAUGUAUAAUAUCUGUAACCAAAAUCAUUUGAAGGCUUGAUAUAAAUUUGUAACAGACAUUUGUACAUUUUUUAUCAGAGUUAUUACUAGUGAUGCUUUACUAAGUAGUGCAAUGAGUUUUUUUCCCCCAACUCCUGGUACCAGUCUUUUGGAUCUCAAAGGGUGGUUCUAUAAUAAAUGCGUUACGUUCUUUCA